AUGUUCUCCAGGCAGCGGCGGCAGAAGGUGUGCUGGCACGGCAGCACCUUAGCCGUGGUGUCCAGGCGCUCCAGGCACACCGAACACUCCAGCAGAUCCAGCAGUGACGAGGAGUCGUCCAUGUCGGCGGAGAGGUCAGGAAGCCCUGGACAGACAUCAAUGAGGCUCCAAAAGAGGAGCGGGGAUGACAGAAAAAGAGAGAGAAAGAGAGAAGAGGAUGGAGAAGGAAGAAGACGAUGAAAAGAGGGCAAAGAAAGUGGGGAAAAAACAGAAAGUGACCAAGUAAAAGAAAAACAAAAAAGACAUGAAAGACGAAGGCAGAGACAGAUAGACGGACACCGAGAUGAAGAGAGGAGCCUGGAGACGCACCGACAAGCAGCGGCGCAGAGGCUGGGGCACAAUUUGACUUUGCGGAGUAAAAACUCUUAGACAGCGAGUCAGUCCCUCGGCGAUGCUCACCCGGCUCCACGCUCGAGAUUGAUCACCAAUUACCGGGACUGAUCAUCGGGCAGCUUAGCCGGUAGCGCAGAGGAGAAACCAAACCAGUGCGCCCCGCUCCUGAGCUCCAGCUCUCCCAGGAAGAACACACAAAAAUGUCAGAAAGGAGGGAGAAGAAGUCGAUCUUUCUGUCCUCGUUAUUAGUGUGUUGUGUGUUUGCUAGUGCAGAAUAUAACAUCUGUGGACAGAAUGAGUUCUUCAACCAGACCAGUAACAGCUGCCAGGCCUGCCCUCAGUGCCAGCCAGGACAUGAGCCAUAUAUGACCUGCGGUCAUGGUGUGAAGGAUGAAGGCUUUACCUGCGUGCUGUGCCCAAAGGGAAAAUACUCCGGAGGGAAAUAUGAGAUCUGCAAACGUCACACAGACUGUCAUGCCCUUUACAGUGCCACUGUUCACAUACCAGGAACUCCCGAACGCGACGCAGAGUGUGGACCCUGUUUACCCGGGUAUUACAGGUUGGGGAACAGAUCAGAAAAACCUUACUGGAUGGUUUGCCAUUCCUGCCAAAACGCACCACGCAACACCAAAGAAUGCAUGCAAACCAACAAACCGAAAGAAAAAACAAUAGUUCACAGUGGUAGCACAACUGUGUUCCCUUCUGUAAUUAAAGAUUCCCCCGGACAGGGUCACCUGGCAACAGCUCUCAUUAUCGCCAUGUCGACCAUUUUCAUCAUGGCCAUCGCCAUUGUUCUCAUCAUCAUGUUUUACAUCCUGAAGGCCAAACCGAAUGGCCAGGCAUGCUGCUCCGGACAGGUUGUGAAAGCAGUGGAGGCUCAGACCAACAAACAGGAAGACAAGAAAGACGUCCCUGACAAUGUGGUGAUAUACUCGGAGAAAGACGAGUUCGACAAACUGAAAGCUCCUCCUCAGAAGACGGUGAAAAGUGAAAACGAUGCAUCUUCAGAAAAUGAGCAGCUGUUGAGCCGCAGCAUCGACAGCGACGAAGAGGCAGGAACAGAAAAGCAGGGAUCGGCAGAGACCACUAACCUCGACCCUAACCUGUGCCUGGUCAACUUAGGCAACAAACCCGACCUCUGCCUGCUCUCCCUGGGGCUCUUGGACCGUGGCCGCGUAUGCAAUGGCACCCCAGGCAUUGCAGCCAGUCAGACUAACAUCCCGAGUCCCAACCACAUGAACAAUGUCAACCGCAUCGCCAGCAGCAACCACAUCAGCAGUGUGAAUGGGAUCAACAACAACAAUAAAACCCCAGGGAUGCUACAGAAUCGAAGGAGAAAGAUUCUAGAUCUGUAUGCCAGAGCCUGCAACGCGACUGAGGGCCUCAGCCCCACAGAGCUUCCCUUCGACUGCCUGGAGAAGGCCAGCCGCAUGCUGAGCUCCUCCUACAGCAGCGACGCCGCCGUGGUGAAGACGUGGAGGCACCUGGCUGAGAGUUUUGGACUGAAACGCGAUGAGAUCGGAGGCAUGAGCGACGGCCUGCAGCUCUUCGAGAGGGUUAGCACGGCGGGCUACAGCAUCCCCGACCUCCUGACUCGCCUGGUGCAGAUCGAAAGGCUGGAUGCCGUGGAGUCGCUCUGUGCAGAUGUGCUGGGCAGUAGCGAGGGGGCAGCAGUGGCUGGACGGCAGGGAAUUGGCAGUUUUCACAGCCAGUUAGUGUGUCCUUCCCCCUGCCCAUCUCCAUCCCAUCGCUGCGCCAGUGUUUAAAUAACAAGUGAAGCAAAAACAUAAGAGACUUAGAGACUUGAUUGCCUUACAGUACACAUGUAUGUACGGACAUUUACUGCUCUGACAAGGAGGAAAGCACAUUUAAAUACACACGUUACCCCAUUAGAUGAAGAAUGUCGAUGGACUUUACUGUCCACAAUCCUUUUUUUUCUUUUAUGUAUAAAAGCUAAGAGUUUGAAAUACACUUUCUGUCUUUCAAAGUGUUUGAAAGAGAGAGCAAAAUCAAAGGCCUCAAAUUCACAUUAACCUCAAGUUUGCCAUUUCAAAUAAUUUCUCUUUUGCAAGAAUAUAAGAAUCAGAAUUAGUUCCCAUUUUGAUAGAUUCUUGACUUUCACAAAUGCAACACUUUAGUAAAAAAUCAUGUGGAAAGCCUGUGCGCUGGAUGCACAGUUCUUUUUUUUGUUCCAUCUUUUUUUUCCUAAACAUUUUUUUAAGAAAUCACCAGGAAAAGAUGAAAUGGCAUGCUAAUGGAAAGUCACUGGAAAGUGGCAGACUGAGGAUGCCUUCCUACUGGCUUACUCACUUAAGUUUCUCACCAAAGCCUUGCCGCAGUGACAUAACCAGACGUUUGUGUCCAUAUAAAGAAAGUGAUCUGGUGUGACCGCAGCAUGAGCGAACAUUCAUAACUCAGUCAUGUCUUAAAACAGGAAAAACGGCUGAUUAGAGCAGUCAUUGUGUCCGACUGGAAAACAUCCUUCAGCUCAGCUCGGCUUACAUUUGGUAAACCUGCUUGUGAACUUUCGCCAUUUGAGGACGCCCCGGUGUCUCUCCAUAAACCGUGAAGUCACCAGCAAACACACAACAGUGUGCUAGAGUGGAUUGUGAUAUUUUUAUUCUCGAGGAUCAGUUUUGGGUUGACUCUGCACUCUUGUUUACUUUAAAACACCGACCGGAUUUAUUCAUUGAUUAACAUAUGUGUGGUAAAUGUGGAAAGACUGAUCACAAGCAGAUGUUGUGUAUGGAAAAGUUCAACCAAGCACCUCACAAAAAAAAAAAAAAACCCGAAAAC